AUGGAUGAAGAUUUAUUUGCGGUUUUCAGUGAAGCUCCUGCAGAACUUCCUGACAAUGGCGAUGAAGAGGUAAAGAAUAAGGAAGAUAACCGUACAAUUGAAACCCCAAAGCACCAUCUAUCUGAUAAUGAGGAGGUCAAUGGUACAUCAGAGUCAAGUAAUCGUAAUUCUGCCAAGAACAAGAAGGCCAAGAAGGACAAGAAGAUAAUUGAUGAAAAGAAAAAGUCCGAUGUUGUACCUGUUGUUGCAGAUUCAUUUGAACAAGAGGCAUCGAGAGAAGUUGCUGCGUCCACUGGACUGGCUGCGGGCGAUAGCUUGCAAGUUGAUGAAAACGGGAAGAUGAAGUUAAGACAUCAAGUCAGGCAUCAGGUUGCACUUCCACAGGAUUUUGCGUAUAAGCCGAUUGGAGAACAUAAAAGAGUAAAUGAGGCGUUGACAUACCCAUUUGUACUAGAUCCUUUCCAGGACACUGCUAUUUCCUGUAUUGAUAGAGGCGAGUCUGUCCUGGUUUCUGCACAUACUUCUGCAGGUAAAACCGUUGUUGCAGAGUACGCAAUUGCCCAGUCGCUGAGGGACAAGCAGAGAGUUAUAUAUACGUCUCCCAUCAAGGCAUUAUCGAACCAGAAAUAUAGAGAAAUCUUGGCGAAAUUCGGUGAUGUUGGUCUAAUGACUGGUGAUAUUACAAUUAACCCCGAUGCAGGAUGUUUGGUUAUGACUACUGAAAUUCUACGGAGUAUGCUGUAUAGGGGUAGUGAAGUCAUGAGAGAAGUUGCUUGGGUUAUUUUUGAUGAAGUGCAUUACAUGAGAGAUAAAGAGCGUGGUGUGGUAUGGGAAGAAACUAUUAUUCUGCUCCCCGACAAGGUGAAAUAUGUGUUUUUAUCCGCCACUAUUCCCAAUUCGAUGGAGUUUGCUGAGUGGAUAUGUAAAAUCCAUUCGCAACCGUGCCACAUUGUCUAUACUGACUUCAGGCCUACGCCAUUACAGCACUAUCUAUUCCCUGCUUAUGGAGAUGGUAUACAUCUAGUUGUGGAUGAGAAAGGUACCUUCAGGGAAGAAAACUUCCAAAAGGCAAUGUCUACGAUUAGCAACCUUGCUGGUGAUGAUCCAAACUCAAUUAAUUCUAAGUCUAAGAAGGGACAAACUUUCAAAGGUGGUGCUAACAGGGGAGAUUCUAAAGGAGAUAUCUACAAGAUUGUGAAAAUGAUUUGGAAGAAGAAAUAUAACCCAGUUAUUGUGUUCUCGUUCUCCAAGCGUGACUGUGAAGAGCUUGCUCUGAAAAUGUCGAAGUUAGAUUUUAACUCUGAAGAUGAAAAGGAAGCCCUAGGUAAGAUUUUUAAUAAUGCUAUUGAUUUAUUACCUGAAGCAGACCGUGAACUGCCACAGAUCCGGCAUAUCUUGCCAUUGCUUAGAAGAGGUAUUGGCAUUCACCAUUCAGGCCUACUGCCAAUUUUAAAGGAAGUUAUUGAAAUUUUAUUCCAAGAAGGUUUCCUUAAGGUCCUGUUUGCGACUGAAACAUUUUCUAUCGGUUUGAAUAUGCCUGCUAAGACAGUUGUUUUCACUAGUGUCAGAAAAUGGGAUGGUAAACAAUUCCGUUGGGUUUCCGGUGGUGAGUAUAUCCAGAUGUCCGGACGUGCGGGUCGUCGUGGUUUAGAUGACCGUGGUAUUGUUAUCAUGAUGAUAGAUGAGAAGAUGGAGCCCCAAGUUGCUAAAGGUAUGGUGAAAGGUCAAGCUGAUAGGUUGGACUCAGCUUUCCAUUUGGGUUACAACAUGAUAUUAAAUCUUAUGAGAGUCGAGGGUAUUUCACCUGAGUUUAUGCUAGAGCAUUCGUUUUAUCAAUUUCAAAAUAUUACUUCCGUUCCAGUAAUGGAGAAGAAAUUGGUAGAAUUGGAUAAUAGGGCGAAAGAAAUCCACGUUGAUGAUGAAUCCAAUGUAAAGGACUACUACGAUAUUAGACAGGCCCUUGACGGAUAUAACGAAGACGUCAGAAAAGUUAUUACACAUCCUGGCAAUGUGUUAAGUUUCUUGCAACCGGGCAGACUGGUGAAAGUUAAAGUUGAUGGCAGACACGAUUUCCAAUGGGCAGCAGUUGUAGACUUUGCUAAGAGAGUGAACAAACGUGACCCAUCAGUUGUAUAUGCUGAUCAUCAAUCUUACAUUGUCAAUGUCAUUGUUAACAACAUGUAUGCUCAUUCUCCUAUUAAUCUUCUAAAACCAUUUAACCCUGAUUUGCUGGAGGGAAUAAGGCCUGCUAUGGAAGGCGAGAAGACAAUAUCUGCAUUAAUCCCCAUCACGUUGGAUUCUAUUCAAAAUUUGGGUAAUUUGAGAAUCUUUAUGCCAUCUGAUAUUAAAUCUGACAGCCAGAAAGAAGUUGUUGGCAAAACCCUGAAAGAAGUUCAGCGUAGGUUCCCAAAGGGCAUCCCAUCCAUUGAUCCUGUGAAGAAUAUGAAAAUAGUAGAUGAAGACUUUACGAGAUUGUUGAAGAAGAUAGAUAUUCUAGAAGCCAAAAUGAAUUCUAACCCUAUUGCUAAGUCGGUUAGGCUGCAAGAAUUGUAUGAGAAAUACAGCGAAAAGGUUGCAAUUGCAGAAGAAAUCAAACAACUGAAUACCAAAAUCGGCGAGGCCCGGGCAGUCAUUCAAUUAGAUGAUCUUCGUCGUCGUAAGAGAGUUCUACGUCGUCUAGGUUUCUGUUCUUCUAUGGACAUUAUAGAAUUGAAGGGCAGAGUUGCUUGUGAAAUCUCUUCCGGUGAUGAAUUAUUGCUAACGGAAUUGAUUUUCAACGGUAACUUCAACGACUUAACCCCUGAACAAUCAGCAGCUUUGUUAUCUUGUUUUGCUUUCCAGGAACGUUGUAAAGAAGCUCCAAGAUUAAAGCCAGAACUUGCAGAACCAUUAAAGGGCAUGCGUGAGAUAGCUUCUAAAAUUGCUAAGAUAAUGAAGGAUUCUAAGAUAGAGGUUGUUGAAAAAGACUAUGUUGAGAGCUUCAGGCACGAAUUAAUGGAGGUAGUCUACGAAUGGUGCAAGGGAGCUAGCUUUACCCAAAUUUGUAAGAUGACAGACGUUUAUGAAGGUUCCCUCAUCAGAAUGUUUAAAAGAUUGGAGGAACUUAUUAAAGAAUUAAUUGACGUUUCUAACACGAUUGGUAAUGCAACACUAAAGGAAAAGAUGGAAAGUGCGAUGAACUUAAUUCAUAGAGAUAUUGUGUCUGCUGGUUCAUUAUACUUGUGA